AUGCAGAGUGAUCAGCUAUCAACUCGUACCACAUUGCAUUCAGACACUUUGUUUCUUCGGCAGCGAGGGACAGUCUCACCACUAAAAAUGCAACAACCAGUGCAGGCGCAAGCACAAGAAGAGGAGGGAGAUUCGUCUUGGCUGCAAAACGGUCUUGUCUGCUUGAACGAUUGCGUUUCUUUACCAAAAGUUUCAUUCAGUCCUAUCCAUUUGCCGACUGUCAGUGUGCCACGCGACAGUCGAAGUUCACCGCUGAAACGUUUUGGGACCAGUAGCAGCUCUCUUGAGGACUUGCUAAGCUACAAGACACCGCUUUCUCCGCAGCCCCCACAACUGGCCUUUGACGUGCUCACGAGUAGUCAUACUGUUGGCACCAACACCUCUUCGUUUAAACGCUACCCGAGUGAGACUGUGUCGUUGUCCUUUCAACGCAGCUUUGACAACGGGAUGACUGCUGGCUGCAUCACGGACAAGGAAACAACGACGGAAGACGCCAUGCUCCGCAGAAAGACGGAGAGUUCGUGCAUGCGAAGCUGUAUGCCACUGUCAUCUGCGGCCACGAUUUCACGCGUGGCUGUGGGCACACCAUCGCGGAGCCGGCCUUCCUUUUCGAGCUCCUUCGGUGAUGGCGGCAUACAACUUCCGCUUCUGCUGCCCACCUCCGAUGCUGCUGCUGCUGCCCCCACCACCACCGCCGCAGGUGGUCCACGCUCGCUGAGUCUGACACGGAGCAUGCAGUGGCCAAAGAGACUUGUCGUGGACGUAGCACACACAAUGUUGAAUGGGCACCGAAAUUCACAGGAGGAUGCAGUCUGUAUUCAUGAGCGGGUGAAUUUUCCGUCGGACUGCGUCGCACGUGAAGGGCUACAAUCGUAUUAUUCAUCGACUUACUCCCUCUACGGCGUAUUUGACGGGCACAAUGGGGACCGCCUUUCCAACUUGGCCUCUCUCUACUACCUCGAGCACGUUAACGAGGCCCUCCACAGGGCACCACCGACACUUAGCUUGUGUGAAGUGGCAACAACAACUACAAGAGUUAGUCGUACUGCUGUAGGUGGUGACACUGAUGCGCAUCCAAAGAUGGCCUCACCUGGGAGUGAUAUACCCCCACAGCGCUUCCUCAGCAAUGCACUGGUGCAAUCACUCGUUCACCUUGACCGGACGUUGUAUGAUACAACACCACCUAAUCAACGAGGUCGCUCAGGCACCACUGCGGGUAUUGCUGCGUUUUAUCACGGUACACCAAAGUCACCUGAUGGUCCUGUCCCGUGUUACCUUUCCCUUGCGAACCUUGGUGACAGCCGCGCCGUGCUGGCCCGCGUAUCGGAUGGUUGCGUGCUUGUAAGCACACACGAUCACCGUGUCUCGACUUAUCCUUCCGAGAAGGCGCGUGUGGAGCGAUGCGGUGGCAGCAUUGAGUGGGAUCGCGUUGAUGGCGCACUGGAGGUGACACGGUCGCUGGGGGAUUUUGUCUACAAGCUACCUCCAGAACAAUGGUUAGCGCAGCCGGGUUUCUGUGGUACACGUAUUUUUCGGCAGGACGGUAAAACACCACCUCUUGUAGAUGCCACGACACCUCUGCAUCAAGGCAACGCAGCUUCGUGCAGCCGCAACAGCGGAAGUAGGGGCGGGACAUUUGGUAGUGUUUCGGAAGACUCACCACAAUUUUCGUUGGGUUCAUUUGCCAGGAGCUUACAAACAACGUCGUUGCAGCUGAAAGAUGGUGACGUGGGGCAAGAUUGUGUGGAGACCGGCCAUUUCUUAAUAAAUAACGUCGUGAGCAAUGUGGCAGAUGUGUAUGAGGUGGAAUUGAAAGGAGACGAGUUUCUUGUACUCGCCUCGGAUGGGGUGUGGGAUUGCAUGGACACGGAGGGGGUCGUUGAGUUUGUGCGCACACGCCUCCUCAAGUCGGGUCUCCUAUGCGAGAGCAACUUCUCACAGCCGCAACUGCUCUUGCCCACAGCCGCAGGCUGCCCCACCGCGAUUAGCAGCUCAAGUAGGUUCUUGGAGUUCCCGCGCACCGUGGAGCACACGCCACCGCCCUCUUGCUUUGGCAGCGCUUCAGAAGUCACAGAGUCGAAAAGUCCUCUUCUGCCGGCACGAGUUUUCUCAGAUGCGGGGGUUCGGAGCAAGCAGGAUGACGAUGCCCCGUCAAGUUACUCCACCCCGCCGCCGCAGUGCGCCAUUAGCCGGUGGGGGGAAAAGGAUGGUUUUUGCGGCACAUCGCGCAGUUGCGUAGGACCACGGCGUGUGCUGCAGGCGGUGGCAAACAGUUUGGCUGACCACGUGGUGCACCGUUUGCACAGUGCUGACAAUGUGACGUUGUUCCUUAUGCUUUUCCGUCGUGAAGAGUGA